AUGGUCAGCACGUGCAGAUGCUACAAAGCUCUAGUAAUAGGAUACGAGGAAAUUAAUGCUGCUUUAGACGAGAUCCAUGAUGAUCAAGAUGAGAAGCCUGAAGCCAAAAAUGAAGCCAAUAGUCUUGCGUCUGAUAUGGCCCAGCUUGAAAUUGGAAUUCUGGCAGCAUUAUGGCAUCAAAUCUUGCAACGAUUUCAGAGAACAAGUCAGAUCCUGCAAUUAGCUGAUCAAGAUCUCAACACUGCUGUUGCAUUAUAUGAAUCGCUGAUUGAGUUUGUCCUUUCACUGCGAACCAGAUUUGAAGAAUUUGAAGCCAAAGGAAAGGAGCUCAGUGAAUGUGAUCAAUAUAAAGAAGAGAUCAAGCGCGUGCGUAAACGAAAUCGUCGUAACGACGAGCCAGGAUCAGCACCUGAUUUGUUGCAGAUUCCAGCCGACAAGUUUCGCACAGCUCGAAUUGAAUCUUCUGCUCAGCCUAGUGAAGACCAUGACAUCGAUGUAACAUCCGAUGAUGAUGACGACAUCAAAGUGAACGUAGACUCCCUAGAACUGCGUAUAUACAGGUUUCUUGUGGGAAAUAACCUGGAAACUGUAUUUCAAAACACUGUUAUUGUGUUUCGCAUUUACCUCAGUAUGAUGAUAUCAAAUUGUUCUGGUGAACGGUCGUUCUCGAAAUUAAAGCUAAUAAAAGAUCAUCUUCGUUCAACCAUGACAUAG